AUGACUCUUCUUCACGAACUUAAAAACGAUUUGACAGAAGCAGCAGUUAAGCUCCUCGAACAGGCUUUCCAUUCUUUCUCUGGAGACAACAUUUCUGUGCUUCUUACGAGGUUUGAAUCGGGGGAACCCAAAGAAAGGAGGUUCAGGCGCUUUGAAGUCACUCCGGAAGGCCACGUUGUCUCCAAAGAAGGCGCCAACGCGGACUUGACGGGAAAGACAGAAGAGGAAAGCAUAGAGCUGCACAAGGGGCCGAUGAAAGCAGCAGCAGAAGGCCCCAUAACUCUUUAG